AUGAUUGGCCUCCUGUGCAGUGUGCUCGGUGAGCAAGUCAUAUUACUGCGCAGGCUCGCUCCAGAUGUCCUGAACAGACUGAUCGGCUCACUGAGCAUAACCGGAGGCCAUGCUCAGAUUGAUCUACUCAGUGAGCAAAAGCGGCGAGAGGGUGAGCACCAAUCCGGAAAUGGCAACCAAAAAUCGCCGGGGGAAAUCCAGUACCUAACACGCUUAAAUUUGAACAUUUGGAACCUGGAACCCAAGUUUGGAGUCCCCGGGCGACCACUUGACCCUUCCACCACCUGCUGGCUCCAGUCGAAGCACUGGGGGACAAGCACCCCUAGCCCUUCAACAUUGAAUAUUCUCAGCAUCCAGGUGAGGGUCACCCGCCCAGACAGCAACAUCGAGGUCUAA